GAUCUCUUAUCACAAUGAUGAUUCCGGGUUUCCUAUGGAAAAGUGGACAAUUCUUUGGAAUCUGUUUAAUCGUCAUUCAGAUUCAGUAUGCAGCCAGUCAAAUAUCAGAGAUUCCACUGACUCUCGACAGUAUUCUGAAACAACAAGGAAUCCAAGACGCAGGCUCCAAACAGUCAAAUGGAUUCAGCACCCUCUCAUCGGGAACGCCGGCUUUCAACCAUUACAGUCCAGAGAGGCUACAGGCAUUACAGCAGUCACAAAUUGCCGAUUUUCAAUCCAUGUUGAGUAUGAUGAGCCAACAGCCAUCCACAUCAAUUGCCGGGCCACCACAAACGCAACCUGGUAUGGAAGAAAUGAUGAGGAUGUUGACGCAGUCGUUUGGACAAUCUGCUCCACCUACUCCAGAGCAGCUUGGGUUUACCCAUUACGGCCCAAGUAAACCAGCUACCAAACCUCUAACUCCGGAGCAAAGUAUGAUGAACAUGCUAAUGCAGCAAUCGCAAGGUGAGCAAAAAAGCAACAGUAACAUGUUGUUGCAGUAUUUGCUAUUAAUGGAUGCAAUGAAACCAGCCACAUCUUCAGCUUCGUCACCAGCAUCUUCAAUGACACCUACAGCAGUAUCAACAAUAUCAGAAGCUACAUCAACGUCAGCAUCAAUUCCGGCAACAGGUAUAUCGACACAAGCAAUAUCCUCGACAGAAAUUCCCCCAAUCAACGGAACUCCCGCCUCCUUUCAAAGCAACCUUAUUCGAUCCAACAGUAGCGACAUCAAAGUGUCUUUCUCUGGCAUGUCCAGUAAAUUAGGUCUUCCAUCAAACCAUGCCGCAAAUCAGAAUUCUCUCCGAUUGAAGAGAUUGCUCCUGAAUCGGCUACUCGCAAAUAGUAGGCUCAGAUUGAAGCAAAUCCGUUUCUUUCACGAAAAGAACAAGGAAACUAUUAUUACUGCAGCCAACGCAAGUAGUUCAGCAAAAUCCCAGUUGAAGACCGUACCACUGAACACCACUGUCCCGACAACCAAACUUGCAAAUACAGAAGUUUCCACCGGAAUUAAUCCACAGGUACCUAUAAUUUUACCAACUGCUCCCAAUACGUCAACAGUUAGAGUACCCACAACUACGAAAAGCGUCAAUCAAUCUUCUGUUUCCAAAAGUCAAACCAAACUGUCACCCCCGGCACAGCCCAUCGGAAGAGAAAAACAACAACAUCCGGCUUUAUCAAUAACAACACAAAUGCCAUUAAUCCAUACUACAGCACCGUUAGCAACCAUUCAACGCUUAACUCAGCCUCUAACGUCGAAUUCCGUGACACCAAGAGAGCAAAACAGUGCAUCAACAGCCAAAAAUUGGAGAUAUCCCAACUACCCACACAUGGCCAGUAACGGACAUCAUCAACACCAGAGCAAGAAUUCUAUUAUUUACCAAAAUCAACAGCCGUACCAGUACCAAAAUCAAAACCAGAUCCAAUAUCAACCAGUUAACCAGGCACCGAUUCUAAAUUACCAAAUGGCCCAAUACAGCAACCAAGCUCCACCAGCAUAUCAAAGCAACCAAGGACAAUACCCAAGCGUAGCCUAUCCAAACCAGAACGUAGCCUAUCCAAACCAAAACGUAGCCUAUCCAAACCAGAAUGUAGCCUAUCCAAACCAAAACGUAGCCUAUCCAAACCAGAACGUAGUCCAUCCUAACCCAAGCAUGGGUUAUGACCCUAUCUAUGCUUAUCAACAACCUGUAGGCCACAACGAAUAUCAGGGGUUUCCACAGCCACACCAAAUGCAAUUCCCCGUGCCAGGUCGAUCUUCGUUCCCAAUGCCAAGUGAUCCACUUCUAACCCAAGUAAAUCCUCCUGCUGAUCCAAUGUUACCUAUUGCACCACCCAAUGCUAUUUCGGCAAUAGACUCUGCUGAAGCCAGAGCUGAGUACCUGGAGCAGAAUCCUCCAACCGAACAGCCACCUCCAGUACCGACAACGCCAGCACCAGUGACAACAACUAGUACAAUUAAGUACAUACCACGUACCAAUCCUAAUCUUCUUCGCAACGCACGACAAAAGUCUAGCAACCAAUGGGCAGAGAUGCUGCACUUCCUCAGCAAAAACUUCCCCGACUAUUUGUCCUUACGGAGCCAGGUUCAUCAAACCGCACUAUCUUCACCCAUGGCCAAGCAAUUUCGAACUUUAAUUGCAGCCAAAUCAAAAGUGGCCAAUCCUCUGUCUGGUAAUGGGUUCGGGACUUCUAGAGCUAACGCCAACCUGGGAUCGCAUUGGAUUAAUACCACUCCGUCAACGACGCCAGCUGGCGAACCGCUAGAAGUAGAAAUUGAAUUUGAACCAACCACUACCACGCCGAGUCCAAUUCAUCCAUUACAUGCAGCAAAGGCAGCUGCAGCCAGAGGAUUUGAAAUCGCGAAAUCCGUCAAUGGCCAAAUUUUCGGUGGCAUGUUUGGACCACCCAUUCAACAACGGCAGUCAAAUGUGAACAGCAAUUUCGAUAUGUUUGGAAUGAUGACUGGACAUAAGGCAGCUCAAUCAAAUGGUUUCCAUGGCCCCCCACAUAAUACCCGACAAGGAAAUCAACACGCUGCAUUUUUCACGAAUGGACAUAAUCCAGGCAAUAAUAAAGCACCGUGGACUCACAAUCAAAACUCAAAAUGGGGGAUGAACGGAGCAGUGUAGAAUGACAACCAUGCUAAAUAUUAUUUUUGAAAUUUUUUAUCAAUUCAAUAAUCAAUAUUCAAAUAUAUUUUUCUCUAAUAAAAGCAAAGUAAAAGUUUA